ACUUAUUAAAUAGAUGGAUAUGGAAAGUGUUUAAGUUUGGACAGGGUUGCACUGGAUCGCUAACUUGGAUUUCUUUUUCGGCGGAAGGAGAUAAGCGACAAUGUCUAUUUUUGAGGACCAAUUCUGGGGCGACAAGAACAGCGGCUACGAUGUGCUACUCCAGUCGCUCAACUAUGGAAAGGACUCGUCCAAAGAGCUGGCUGACUUUCUCAAACAGAGAGCUACACUUGAGGAUUUGUACUCGAAAGGCUUGCACAAGGUGGCCAAAUUUGCACUCGGACACAACGACAGCGGGACGUUCUACCCCCUGUGGAAGGUGGUGGGCGAGGAGGUGGAGAAAGAGUGCACCACCCACUCAGAGAUGUCGAGGAAGCUGGGGGAGUUGAGCAGCCAAGUGGCCGCUUACUGCCACGUGCAGGAGAAGAAAUAUUCCACGACACUUGAUUCGCUUUCUUCCACGCAUGAGGCAGUUAAGAGCAUCAACAGACUAACGGAAGAAGUAUAUAAGGCGGAGGAAAAGUACAUUUCAAAGUGUUUUGACAAAGAGAAGCUGGCCAAAACUUCGACCAAGAGCAGCGGGAAAGACGUUGAAAAAGCCGAGACGGUAGUGCGAAAAACAAUGGAUGAAUACAGAAUGGUGAUUGAUCGCUACGGGAAGAGCAAAAAUGUAUUUGUGGAAAAAUUUGCUUCGGCUACUGAUAAAUUCCAAGAUCUGGAGACUGGUCACUUGGAAAACAUGAAGGGCUAUUUGGACCAAUACAUUGACGUCAUCGAGGAAGGAUUGUCCUAUGACUACCAGGCGACAAUCGAUUUCAAGGAGCAUCAGACACAGUGGAGUGUGGAUCAGCUUUUGAGUGAGUUUGUGCGGGUGAAACACACCGGAGAGGAGAGACCUACAGAGAUGGAACAGGUGGUGUUCGAUGGGGACACAGCUGCGCCCAGAAAAGAGGAUCACGACAAGGACAAGACCAAGUCACCUGUCCAGAACGACGAGUACUACAAGGAGAUGAUUCAGAAGAUAGUUCCUCCGCCUCCGCCUGACGACCAACUACUCGUCAAUCAGAAAGACUCCAAGAAAGGUUUCCUGAAGAGGAUGAAAAAGGAAAGGAGGAGCAAGAAGAAACAGAGACACUCUUCGAACACUUCCUCAGCUGACUCGACCAGUCUGAAGAGUCCGAUGACGUCAUCAAUGGGAGGCCAAAGUGCAACUAGUGUGGCAAAUGAGUUCGACUACAACUCUGCAGCUGUGCAGUCUUACAACAGGAACACCAGUGUAGACUCGGAAGGAUAUAGUUUGAAGCCGAAUGAAGAGAUGAACAACCGAGAAUCAGGCACCAGUUUCUACUCAAGCUCCGAAGACGAAUCCGCAGAUGAGGAAACGAACAAGUUCAACAGCAGUUCAGGAUCUACUCUCAAGUUCUCAAUUAGACCACCCAGUGUAAACCUGGCGCCAUCCAUGGACGAUUUGAGCACAACGGCUAAAAAUCUGACUCUGGAGAAGUCUCCUCGCAUGCCGAGAAAGGGUCUGAGUACAGAAGUGAACAAUGAUAGCAGUGCCAGUUUGUCAACAAUGAAUACAGAAGACAAAAGUUAUGGUGGAGCGUCCAAGCAAGAACCGAAGCUCGUUAAUGACUUCGACUCUCCGUCUUCCUUCAGAAUGCCAGAUAUACCAGGGGGAGCUAUGGGCUCAUUUGGUAUUGGGUCCAUUACUAUGGACAACAACUAUGGCCAAAUGGGGGCCACGAAUUACGACCAAUACUCGUAUGGUGGAGCGCAGUCUUCUUACCAGCAACCGUAUACAGAGAGCUCCUACGGUAGUCCAGAUUACGUUUACUCAGAGAAUGACGCGAGUCCGAUGGCAUAUGAGGGCUAUACUAGUGGAGCUGUUAGUAAUGAGAGUUAUUACAGCAGUGAUGUUCAAAAUGCGGCUGUUUAUAAUCAGAACGUGGAUGCUCACUCGUACUAUUCUGCACAAGCGCGAGACAGUUACGAACCAAACUCGAGCGAUGAAGACGAUGCAGGAUACAUUCCUCCACCUUCGAUUCCACCUCCCAAAUUACCCCCUUCCAUUGCCAAUGCCCUGACAGCCAUAGAAACUAAACCUGCUCCAGUAGAAUCUAAUACUCCAUCUUCUUACGCUUAUGCAUCAAAUAGCUAUAAUAAUAAUACGACACAAAAUAAUGAAAAGUUUGCACAGUCUGAACAUGUAUAUGCACCAAACAGUUAUAACAACUCGAAUUCUGUGAGCUAUGAGACGUCGACCAGUAAACAAGUAACAGAAACUGUUGGAAGUGGAAGUGUGGCAACUUCGAAUGAUUUCGACGCGUUCCAACCGCGCGAGAGAUCCUCAAGUGUAGAUUCGAAUAGCUCAAUGAUGUUCUCGAACGUGCCGGCGAACUCAUCAAGAGGUCCCAGUCCUCUGACAGUGGGUACCUCGGAGAGUGUGCCGAUAGCUGUGGCGUUUAGUGAGACUGUGCAUGCAGUGGUCUAUUCGAAACUACCUCCUUCAUCUUGGCAAGUAAAAGUGAAUGGAACUAUGGCCGUGUCUUUCCCAGCAGGCUUUGUCCAACUGCUAACUCAGUCUACCAAAUACUUGGAUGAACUCCGUUUCUCAGUGCUGAACUCGGGCCAACUCACGCGUGCAGUCGUCAACAGUGAUAUAGUUCAAUCUUCAUGCGAGGGAGUGUACCAAUCUCACGUGGAGUAUACUUUCAAAAUGGACGAACUGAAAGUAGAGCUUAUGAAACAACACUCACAGAAGCCCACGUCGAGUUUCUUCAACAUCGAAGUCCUCAAAUACCAGAUCGACGCCCUGGCUUACCAUCAAAACUACCUCCCACUCCUUCUCAAAGCAGAAUACUUGAACUCAACUCACAAGCAACAGAAUUCAGAUAUGCCCGCAGCCAUGUUGACCUCGAGCAGCAGCGAAGACGAAGACUAUCUUUCUUCACUCUCCCAACACUGUCUCCGAGUCACGUUCGAGUACAACCAUGAUUGUGUGUGUAAUAAUUCGUCAGUAGUGGCUGCUAAACCACUGCUGAAUGUGAACGUACUUGCCAAGCUUCAAAAUGACGUUGAUGAGUCCUUGUCAGUUCAUGUGAGCAAAGUCGAACCAUCGCCUCUGCUUAAUGAAAACGGAAAAAUAGUCUGGAAGAUUGGAGCGAUUUCGGUCAACAGUGACAGAUCAGAACUAUCUGUGCAAUGGCUUUCAUCUCCGUUGACAAAUUUGAACAACCAAAACUCUCCUUUCGGCACUGAUCAAAAUGUUUCGCCCCAGCCGGCAGUUGCAGCCCAGUUCUCGUGUGAAGGUCAACUGCUGUCUGGUCUGGAGUUCGAUCUUAUCUCUUCGGGAUACAGGGUUUCGCUGUAUAAACAGAAAAUACAAGCAGGAAAAUAUUUGUGCCACUGUUGAAAUCGUUUGCUGAGAAAGCGUGGAGAAAAUGGAUUCUAAACAGCUGUCUGUGCAUGUAUAAGCAGUAUAGCGAACUCACUUUAAAGAAGAAGACAAUGCAUCAUGAAUCUUGUUGGAUCAGAGAAUCAUCACCGAAUUUGUACUCUAUAACUGUACCUGAUCGAUAAUCGAAAUCUAAUUGUUCACAGCUUAAACUUUUUAUGAAAUGGAAAUUGAGUCUUAAAAUUAUGUAAAACCUAAAUUUUGAGAAAUAGAUUUUUUUUACAUAUAGACCUGAAAUUUUUGGACGUUAUUGGAAUGAAAUGAUGAAAUGCUCAAUAUCCGUAGUUCAGAUAUGUUAACAUAAAUUUAACAAAAGUUUUUUGAAUUUUUGGCAAUUGCAAUUUUCGACGGCAAUUUUUGCGACGAAAAACAAAAAUACGCUUUUCUGAAUUUCAGUUUUGCAAACAGGAUUUUUUUAAUCACGAAAAUUAGCUAUGCUUAAACUGGUUGCCAGAGUUUUAAAUCGUGCUAGGUUAGCUUAACUGUAGCUCGAAUGUGUUCUAUAAUAGUUUUUGAAGUCAUUUAAAAUUGUAAUCUCCAUGAAGUGUAAUACUACUAGCUUCAAGUGUAGACGACGAUUGUAGCUUCACGCUCAAAAUUGCAGAAUAAAAUUAUUACUCACUA